AUGGAGACCGAAUUCUCCCUCCAUCAGUCAAUUCUCUUCGCAGAGCCGGCGAUAGAAAAGCCACUGGAACCUGUAAAAGUCCCUCUUCUAAAAAAUCCGGCCACGGUACCUUCCACCAAGCCAAAGAAAGUCGCAUUGUUCAAUGGAUCGGUGAUCUCGCUAAAACCGCGCGUCAGACCUACUGGAAUAGGCCUAGAUGAAAAGGGCGACUCGUUUUUUAGCAUGGACGACUUGUAUGAGCGCGUUCGGCUGCGAGAUGAGCUGCGCCAGAGCCGAAAGGUCAUAGAUGAGGCCAAGAAGAGAGAUGCUGCUCGAUUGGCCGAGGCAGCAAAGGAAACAGCUGAGGAAAACAGACUUUUGUGGUCCGAUAAGUAUCGGCCUUCGUCUUUUUUGGAGAUCUGUCCGGCUGGAAACGAACGGCAGUAUCGACUGGUAAUGCAUUGGCUCAGUAAGUGGGGCUCUUUGGUGUUUGGCAACGCGAAAAUUGACGACGAAAACGUAGACCAUUUAGGUAGACCACUUCGAAAAAUCCUCUUGGUCCAUGGACCUUCUGGUGUUGGUAAAACUGCCGUGGUGCAUCUUCUAGCUCGUCAAAUGGGCUACCAUGUAGAGGAAUUGAAUGCUGCUAACAGUAUGGAUACUCUUGGCGGAACAGACGCAGAUACUGGGCGAGGCGCCAAUAUCGCUGCAGUGCUCAAAUUGAGGGUGAAGAAUGCUUUGACUACGAACACCAUCACUGCCCAGGGAAAGCCAACAUGUCUAGUGAUCGAUGAGAUCGACUCUGCCUCGAACACCGCCGAGAUAGUGCGGGUUUUGGCCGACGUGUUACGCUCAGACUCGGAUAAUCGCACUGCUACAGAGAGUUCGUCUGGUACCUUCUUUCUGCUGGCGACCAAGAAGAAACCGAAGAAAAAGUUCUCUUUGAACAGGCCGAUCAUAUGUAUUGCAAACGAUAUCUACUCCAAUAGUGGGCGCUCUGGGUCUGCGAACCCGAUGGAAAAACUCCGACAAUUUUGUGAAAUUGUGCCAUUCCGCAAGGCCACUGGAGGUGAAUCCAUGUUUGGCAAGAAGAUCAAUGCUUCUGCUCAGAAAACAGUGAAGGCACACCUUGCGGACAUCAGUAAAAAAGAGAAAUUGAAUCUCGAUCACAGAGAGAUCUCGGAGGUUUUCGAGAUAUGCGAGGGCGAUAUACGUGCUUCCAUAAACUACUUACAAUUCUCCAGCAGGAAGCUAGAUCCGGAAUUGGUUGGCCGUCUUGCUACUUCAGACAAUUCGAGCAACAAAGACAAGACCAUGUCGUGGUUCCUGCUUGUUGAUCGGCUAUUUACUAGGGAUCAGAAACUCUCAAAGGAAGAGAAUUUUGAAUCUGUCAUGAGAUUGGUGUCAUCUGGUGAUGAGAAAACUGCUGCUAGCGGAUCUCUAGAUAAGGUCAUCCGAGGCUGUUUCAACAAAUACUUGGAUGUGGUCCACCUACAAGAUGACCUUGCCUUGCGCCCGGCGAUGAUAAGUGACUGGCUCUUUUAUUAUGACGCUCUUACCACAGGCGCUCGCGACGCCAGCUUCUACCCUACCUUGGCCAGUCUUAAAUUUUGGUCUCUUUUCAGUGACAUUAAUCCGCAGAAGUUCAGAGACACCAAUAGUCUAGUUCCGAAUGCCAGAGGUCUAGAAUUCGAGUCCUUCGAGCUCCUAAAGAAGAACAAGGCGGUUGUGCAACGGAUUGUCGAUCAGCUACCAAUUGAAACCAAGCUCUCGUUUGGUGGUACAUCUUCCAACUUUGAGUUUUACGCAUGUCAGUUUAUUCCAAUUUUAGACAGGAUGUUUUCUCCUGAGAUCGGGAGCUCCAGAGCCAUGAGCGCAUUGCAGCCAUUCGAACAGGCACUACUCAAAAAGCUCGUACUGUUGACGGAAACGCUUGAUCUCCAGCUCGAGACGCAGCGCGAUACUGAGCUGAAUAUGACGUACUUGCUUUUCGCGCCAGAUUGGGACACCAUCGCAUCAUUCCCAUCUGAGGAGAAGUAUCAGCAGAAACGAAAAUUGACAAACGCUAAAAGACAAUGGUUGUUUCCGUUAUUGCAACAAGAGCUCGAUGCGAAGAACGCAUCUGCGCAAUUGAAGAGAAAACGCACCGAGACCCCUGACGCAGAGGAGAAAGGCGCCAAAACGAAGAAACAAAAACUGACCUCAUCCAUAGAAUAUUUCCGCAGCCAGUACGGUGAUGUUGCCGCAAAGACAGAGGCGCCAGUAAGCCGAGACGAUUCUUCGCGGAUCUGGGUCAAGUACCACGAAGGCUUCUCCAAUGCUGUAAGAAAGAACAUUGGAUGGAAAGACUUAUGGAGCUAG